AUGAAGCUUCUUUGCUGCUUUUCCUAUGUAGAGGAAACGAGUCGUACGCAAGAAUACACUAACUUGCUGCUGUUUUUGUCUGCCUCAAUCAUUCCUCAGGACUGCUGGCAAUGUACCAAAUGCAAGAAAUUUAACUCUCCAGGCAAACGGUACUGUUACCGCUGCUGGGCCUUACGGAAAGACUGGUACUCAGAUUGUCCCAAACUGGCUCAUUCUCUUUCUCUGUCCGACAUUGACGCUAUGCAAAACAAAAAUGAUGAUGAAGGGAUAGAUGUCCCGGACUGCCGAAGGACUAUUUCUGCUCCAGUUGGCCAACCCAAAGACCUGUACAUGGUAGAAAACAAAUCACGUGUAGAUCCCUGCAGCUCUAUUGAGUCUUUGGAUUUGGCACGAGAAUGUGAAAGCAAGGAGUCUCUGUUGCAUUUCACUGAGCAUAAAAAGGAGGAAGAAAUACAGUCAUUAGAGAGUAUAAAAAAGUUGCUGAAUCCUUGCUUCUUAUGCCAUCACAGACCACGGGAUGGGAAUAUUGUCCAUGGAAGGACUGCUCACCUUGUGGCCUGUUUCAAGUGUGCAAAGAUGCUGAAGAGAAAGAGAUCACCUUGCCCAGUGUGCAGGAAAGAGAUUGAGAUGGUGAUAAGGAUCUUUAUGGGGUAGUUGUGCCAGUUCAGGCCUUCUCCACCAAAAGAUAGCACACAGGUUUUCUUGCACUCACACAAACCCUAACUUCACAGCUCAGCCGGUGAAUACCAAAGAGAAUUAAGAUUCAAAUCUGACCAAGAACACUGAGGAAUCCUCUGCAUUAAAUGAAGCAGCAUCCGCUUUUCGAUGUCCAUUUAAAUUAACGCCUGUAUGGAGCAGGGUGUGACCGACACAUUGGUAUCUAUGCCCUAGCUUUGUAAUUGUCUAAAUCUUCUAAUUGCAGCUCAGUGGUGUCACUAGGAUUCUCUAUUCUGACAACCGGUCCGCGGAAAACAAAUUUUGGAAAGAGUAUUAACUUUGGCUGUUGGAGUGUUCUCCAGUAAGUCAGACCCUGUGCAAUGCCUUCUAAGGGACAAGUCUAUAUCUGAACUAUAUAUAUAUGCAGGGGUGGGAAAGAGGGUGGGAGGGAAGGGUAGACCAAGGUGUUUGCAAUUUAGAGAAGCCAUUUCUCCAAGUAUCAGUUCUCCUGAGGGCAGUGAGAAGUAAAUAACCUGGUUGCAGAAUUAUUUUUCUUUGUUUAAUGUAUGUUUGUUAGAUAAGGUGAAGAUCCUCUUGCUCCCAGACUUGAAAUACGUCCUCCCAAACUUUUAAUCCAUCGCUAUCUCAGGUCACAUAUCAGAUGGCAAAAGAAUAGAGUGUUACACUUUGCUUUGUUAUUGGAUCUUUUAAUUUCUAUUGAUUCUUUUUUUCAUUUAAAUACAGUUCUAUGUCAUCCUGCAUAGCUUUGAUGAAGCCUGUCCAACGUUAGCUCAGAAUCUGGUCUGCCAGUUGGAUUAAAUUGUAACAGCUCUGUGCAUGUUUUGGGAUGUUCUCAUAGCUCUGUGCUUACAGCACCAUUGCACCUUCUACCUGCCUCAUCUCAUCAGGCCAGUCUAGAUAGAAGAUGCUCACUUUAGAGUGUGAUGUGGCUUUCAAGACAGGAUAUGGGCCUUUGAGGGAAAAAAAAAUAAUUCCUGUAAAGCACCGACUGCAGCUGGUUAGUCUGUGGGCUGUGCUUGAUGUUAGUUUUUUUAAUUUUCUCCGCUGAUUUUCUUUCCCUGUGAUUUAACACUGCAGUCUGUUUGCAGCAUUUACGUUGUCCUUCAGAGCUAUGCACGUUGCUCUGCUGGCUGUUAAAAUUCAGUUAGAACUUGCAGUUUCAAAACGUCUAACCCUUUUCUGAGAUCAUAUCCUAAAGUGUGCUCAGGUCUUCCUCAGCCUUCCUGUUCUCCAGGGCUUUGGAGUGCCUGCAUCGUGCAGCAGUAGUGCCUUCACUUUUCAGGUAUACAGGCAUUUGAAUUUAGUACGGUGUGUAGAAUAAACCCUGUUUUGGCAUCCUCGCUAUAAUUCCCUCUCUGAUCUAGGAAGUAC